AUGGCCAGCAAAGAGGGGCCAGAGAGGUUUUACCACCGUGUCCUCGAGGAUGAGACGCUGCAAGACAUCCUCGUGAGGGCUGCAAACAGAGAGAAGCCGGGGACGCCCAGCAAGGGUGGUCAGUUCACGCGAGAGCAGCGACAAUGGGCGAGGAGCCUGGUAAAGAGGAAGCUCUGGCGCCAUGUUCGAGACGAAGACAAAGUGCUUCUACAAGGAGACGGCCGGCCUGGCUUAAGCUAUCUGAGCGAGGCGUUGCGCAGUGUCGUGGGUGAGACGGCUGCAGCGAACGUGGCCGUGGACUCCUCGGCAGCGACAGGGGCAAGUGCAGACCAGCUUGGACAUGUCCGAAGAUCGACCGCGGAAGCUGCAGCGAGCAGCUCCUCUUCUCGCAGGACAGACACUGGCAAAGCCAAGUCGGCAGCAAGUGCGAAAGCAAAGAGUGGAGUGCCAAUUGUGGAGGCAUUAGAUUUGAAAGCUUUGGCAGCCGCCAAAAAGAUGGCAGCCAGUGCUGUAGGCCAGAAGCUAAAAGCUUUGGCGGACCAGGCAUUGACUCUUUGUGUCACGAAGGAGGAUGCUGAGGCAGUCGCUCGAGACUUACUGAAGCGUUUGGACUUGGCAUUCCCGGGUGUAGCUCAGCAAGUACAGACAGCGCAGACUGACUGCAAGUGUCGGCCUCUUCUAGAAGCACUGGGGAGCAUGCGCAAGAGCUGGCGCCACAACAACGAGCCUGUUUGUCGUGCUUUGGACCGUUGUGUGCGCGUGGCCGGCUUUGGCAAGAGACGUAUGCAGCAGCUUGGGUACAUGGCAACAGUUGGUGCGGCCGGGAGAGCUUUGAAGCGCUCGCUGCAAAGAUGGCAUUUUCGCAAAGGAGGCAGGCCGUCCAAAGUUCACAACCCCUUUUGGAUCAAGGAGGUGAAGACGGCCCUUGACACAGUUUCGACCGCAAGCAGCUGGACAUGCUUGGGCCCCGACAAGAAAACUCGUCGACAGGUGAGGAGUUUGGUGACGAAGCCGACCACCAUCCUUAGGCACGGAGUCUAUUGA